AUGGACCUUCAGUUCACUUGUGAUACUGCCAUCAGAGUUCAGAACUAUCCAUCUGUUCUUCUGCCAUCCAUAACAGAGGACAUGGAACUUAUAAAGGGUGUGAUCAUUGAUAAGGACUUCAGUCACCCACAGAUGCCAAAAAGAGUGGAGAAUGCUAAGAUUGCAAUUCUCACGUGUCCAUUUGAGCCACCUAGACCAAAGACAAAGCACAAGCUGGAUGUGACCUCUGUGGAGAACUACAAAGCCCUGCAGAAAUAUGAGAAGGAAAAGUUCGAAGAGAUGAUUGAGCAGAUUAAAGAAACUGGUGCUAACCUGGCUAUUUGCCAGUGGGGCUUUGAUGAUGAAGCCAAUCAUUUACUUCUUCACAAUGUCCUCCCUGCAGUUCGCUGGGUAGGAGGACGUGAGAUUGAACUGAUCGCCAUUGCAACAGGAGGUCAGAUCGCCCCCAGGUUCUCAGAGCUUACCCCUGAGAAGCUGGGCUUUGCCGGUGUGGUGCAAGAGAUCUCGUUUGGCACUACAAAAGACAAAAUGCUGGUAAUUGAGCAGUGUAAGAACUCUAGAGCUGUGACCAUUUUCAUCAGAGGAGGAAACAAGAUGAUCAUUGAAGAAGCAAAACGAUCUCUCCACGAUGCCUUGUGUGUCAUCCGGAACCUCAUCCGAGGCAAUCGGGUUGUAUAUGGAGGAGGGGCUGCUGAAAUAGCCUGUACUCUGGCAGUCAGUAAAGAAGCAGACAAUUGCCCGACUUUGGAGCAGUAUGCCAUGAGAGCUUUUGCAGAUGCCUUGGAGGUCAUCCCCAUGGCCCUUUCAGAAAACAGUGGCAUGAAUCCCAUCCAGACCAUGACUGAAGUCUGCGCCAAACAAGUGAAGGAGUCCAACCCUGCCCUUGGAAUUGACUGUUUGCACAAGGGCACAAAUGAUGUGCAGCACCAGCAUGUCAUAGAAACCUUGAUUGGCAAAAGGCAGCAGAUCUCUCUUGCCACACAGAUGGUUAGAAUGAUUCUGAAGAUUGAUGACAUGCAUACGCCUGGAGAGUCUGAAGAAUAA